UGAACCGUGUUGUUUCCUCCAUGUUCAACUCUGUAUCGAACAAGAAGAUUGCGGUUCUUGGUUUUGCGUUCAAGAAAGAUACUGGUGACACGAGGGAGACUCCAGCCAUCGAUGUGUGCAAGGGUCUUUUAGAAGACAAAGCAAGGUUAAGCAUCUACGACCCGCAGGUGACUGAGGAGCAGAUCCAGAGGGAUUUAUCCAUGAACAAGUUUGACUGGGACCAUCCUCUUCAUUUGCAGCCAAUGAGCCCAACCACAGUGAAACAAGUGAGCGUUACUUGGGACGCAUACGAGGCAACCAAAGACGCACACGGUAUCUGCAUCAUGACCGAGUGGGAUGAGUUCAAGAACUUGGAUUUCCAAAAGAUCUUUGACAACAUGCAGAAACCGGCUUUCGUAUUUGAUGGAAGGAACAUUAUGAAUCUACAAAAGCUAAGGGAUAUUGGUUUCAUUGUUUACUCCAUCGGUAAGCCCUUAGACGCAUGGCUCAAGGACAUGCCUGCCGUUGCCUAAGUAAGAGGAAAGGGAAAGUCCAUUGCUGAUUCUUUUUACCUUAUAUUUCAUCAUUUGUGCUUUUUGUUUGUGAUAAUUGUUGAGUCUUUAAGACUUGUUACAUUUUCUUACUAUCUGUUUGUUAUGUAAGCUCUCUUAUUACCAUUCUUCUGGUGUGUUUCUUUUCCUUUGGUAUAAUUUUUGAUAUUCGACGAUGUCGUUUCAAUUUUGUUGUUUACUUAGAAAACUAAAAUAAAUAUUUGUUCUUAUUGGAGUAAA